AUGCGAGGUGAUCUUCUCACGUCCGUUGGAUCGUUCGUCAUCACUGUGGAGCCGUUGGAUGCUGGUGCUCGUGGUGUAACUACUAAUGAUGGUUGUGACAGUGGUGAUGGUGGGGAGUUUGGGGAGUGGGUGGUGGUGGUGAGGAGGAAGGGGGCCAUAGACAACAAGGCCCUUCCCGGCGAGGGCACGAUAGUGGAAGCACUGAGAGGAGCACUGGAGAGGCAUGAUAGCAUGAAGGGAUAUGAGGCUGUCGCCGCCACCUCUCUCGCCCCUCUUCUUCCCCAUCCUUCCUUUCCCCCCGUCUCCCUGACUUUUACCCCACCACUCGGUCCCCUCCCUUCCUGCUCACCCCCACCUCUCUCCCCAGAUGUCGUCACCUGCAUCUCAGCCCCCCUCCUCUCCACCCUCUCCUACCCUUUCCCCUCCCAGCGGCCGCGCGUGUGCGUGUUGGGCGGCGGGUUCGGGGGGCUGUACGCGGCGUUGAGGCUGGACUCGCUGCUGUGGAGCGACGAGCGCCGCCCGCAGGUGCUGCUGGUGGACCAAUCAGAGCGCUUCGUGUUCAAACCUCUGCUCUACGAGCUGCUCUCGCAAGGUGGGCAGGGCACCGCUCCUUGUUUCUCAUUUCUGCCUGCUCGUAACGUGGUAGGGGCUAUUGCCUGGUGGUUCUCCGUGUUCUUGCCUGCUUGGCCCCGUCUGCUAAUGUUCACCUGGGCCCCGUCUGCUCAUGUUCACCUCGCUCCCCUGCCUGUUUCUCUCGUACCGUCCUCCGAUUCUGCUUCCUCGAACACAUCCCUCUUCCCCCUCUCCCCCUCUUCCCCCUCUCCCCCUCUUCCCCCUCUCCUCCUCUUCCCCCUCUCCCCCUCUUCCCCCUCUCCCCCUCUUCCCCCUCUCCCCCUCUUCCCCCUCUCCCCCUCUUCCCCCUCUCCCCCUCUUCCCCCUCUCCCCCUCUUCCCCCUCGCCCCCUCUUCCCCAUCUCCCCCUCUUCCCCCUCGCCCCCUCUUCCCCCUCUCCCCCUCUUCCCCCUCGCCCCCUCUUCCCCCUCUCCCCCUCUUCCCCCUCUCCCCCUCUUCCCCUUCUCCCCCUCUUCCCCCUCUCCCCCUCUUCCUCUCUCCCCCUCUUCCCCCUCUCCCCUCUCCCCCUCUUCCCCCUUUCCCCUCUCCCCCUCUUCCCCUCUCCCCCUCUUCCCCUCUCCCGCUCUUCCCCUCUCCCACUCUUCGCCUAUCCCCCUCUCCCCCUCUUCCCCUCUUCCCCCCUUCCCCUCUCCCCCUCUUCCCCUCUUCCCCUCUCCCCCUCUUCUCCUCUCCCCCUCUCCCCCUCUUCCCCUCUUCCCCCCUUCCCCUCUCCCCCUCUUCCCCUCUCCCCCUCUUCUCCUCUCCCCCUCUCCCCCUCUUCCCCUCUACCCCUCUCCCCCUCUUACUCUCUUACCCUCUUCCCCUCUCCCGCUCUCCGCCUCUGCCCCUCCCCCUACCAGAUGUCACGGCGAGCACCCAAGUGGCCUUCCUGCAGGAUGGCGUGCAGGCAGUGCACGUGACCAAGGGCGGGGCUGCCUCUGCUGCUGACGUGGCAGGAGAUACAGGUGGACGCGUGCGAUUGGCUUCUGGAGUGGUGGUGGAAUACGAUUGGUUGGUGUUGGCGUUGGGGGCGCAGACCAACAUGGCCUUCGCGCCAGGCGCCAAGGGGCGAGCUCUGCCCUUCAGCACCCUCGACGACGCUCUGGCGGUGGAUGGGCGGCUGCUGCUGCUGGAGAAGCGGUGGCAGGCGGCCAAGGAGGCAGGCGAGGACCCAGCGCCCAUUCGAGUGGUGGUGGUGGGGGCGGGCUAUGCGGGGGUGGAGCUCGCUUGCACCGUGGGGGAGCGCCUGGGCAGCAAGGGGCGCAUUGAGAUUGUCGACCCGGCCGCUGCUGUGUGCCCCGCUGCUGCUCCCGGCAACAGACGCGCUGCAGAGCGGGUACGUCUCUUUCAUUUCUCGGAUCAUAAACCCCCACUCCUGCAUUCCCCCCUCUCUCCUCGUGGGCUGCCCUGCCCAUCUCUCCCUUCCUCCUCUGUGCUCCUCUCUCCUAUUUGUUUCUCUCUUGCUCCGCUCCCACCCUGCCGUUGCAACUCGUGCUCGUCUGUCCCUCUGGUGCGAACUGUCCUUACCGUCCCUCCUUCUGCCACCCCCCCUUGCCGGGCACAGGCGCUGAAAGAGAAGGGAGUGCAUCUGCGCCUGGGCACCAAGGUCACACGCAUGGCUGAUGCAACCCACUCCUCCUCCCCCUCCUCCUCAUCAUCAUCCUCCUCAUCAUCAUCGUCAUCAUCCUCAUCCGCCGCCUCCUCAUCCCCCCCAUCGGACUCAGACCCAUCUCCCUUCGCCGAGCCAGCAGCGCGCCUCUUCCUCCAGUCAGCAUCACCCGGCAGCUCUGGUAGUGAGAGAGAGAGUGACAUGGAGGCCGAUAUUGUUCUCUGGACUGUUGGCAGCUCGCCUGUUCUCCCAGCCUCUGCCUCAGAAGAAGCUUUAUCAGAAACAUCAGGAGGAACAGGAGGGGAGGGGGGAGUGGGAGGAGUGGGAGGGGAGGGGGCGGUGCAGUGGUUGAGGAGGACAGCAAGGGGGCAGGCGGACGUGGAGGAGAGUCUGAGAGUGAAGGGGCUCACCAGGGUGUUCGCCCUCGGGGAUGCUGCAUGCGUGCCGGAUGGCAACGGGCGACCGUUGCCUGCCACAGCUCAGGUGGCAUUCCAGCAAGCGGACUAUGUCGGGUGGAACAUCUGGGCUGCCAUCAACAACCGCCCCCUGCUGCCCUUCAGGUACCAACAUUUGGGCGAGCUGGUGCUGCUGGGGUCCAAGGAUGCAGCAGCCUCCGUGGGCUUCAUCGAUGACUUUCUUAUUGAGGGGCGCGCUGCGCACACAGCGCGCAAGCUAGCAUAUUUGUACCGGUUGCCAACCAAUGAGCACAGGGCACGUGUUGGGGUGAGCUGGCUGACACGUGCCAUUGUGGACGGCAUCUCCGAGGCACAGAACUUCCUGGCAGCUGCCACCAAGGUUCAAGAGGAUAAGAAAUGA